AUGGUCAACAACGAUCCCUGCCCCCGUCGCCAUGUAUGCGCGAAAUUGGUGACGGUCAACAAAGGACGCAAGGAAGUGAUUGUGCUCAGCAUCAACAAACCUGUUACCAUUGGUCGUCAUCCCAAGCUUUGCGUACGUUCCGGUACAGGGGGGAUAAUAGUAUCAUGUCAGGACUUGUCAACAAAUGGCCUCGUCCUUAACGGUCAUAUGAUUCGACGAACUUCUGUCAUACUGAUGCAUGGGGACAUCUUGGAGAUCCCAUCUUCUCUCACAUUCAAAUGUCUGCAUAUUUGGGCCGAACCCAACGACAAAGGCAACAUAUUCGACCCCACCCCGCCCCUACAACCAGCCCAGAAACGAGUCGGUGACUACGUCGUAACGUCUCACUGUCUGGGUAGUGGGAGCUUUGCGACCGUCCAUCUGGCCGUGAACAAGCAUAAGCAUCGACAGGUCGCUUGCAAAACUAUCAAGGCUAGGAAAGGCCAUGAACUCAGUCAAGUUUGGAAGGAAGUCAAGAUACUGUUGUCACUGAAUCAUCCGAACAUCAAUCGCGUCUAUGAUGUUGAUCAAAACGGAAACUUCUUGCACAUAUUUCUAGAGCUAUGCACAGGCGGGGAUCUCUUCACCUACAUCAUCAGCCAUCAGGAGACUGAAAAUCGGCUAUGUGAGGGCGAGGCAAAAUACAUCAUGUUCCAGCUGCUGAAGGGAUUGACAUACCUUCACGAUAAAUUGAUAUCACAUCGAGGUAUGGAGUUUCAUCUACCUGAGAAUAUCUUACUUUACACCCCUGGUCCCUAUCCACGCAUACAGAUUGCUGAUUUCGGUCUCGCUCGACCCAAGGCCUACCAAGAAACUCUGAAUGUCUGCGGUACAGUCUCUUAUCUCCCUCCAGAAGGCAUCCUCGCUCUGGACAACAAACAUUUGGGAUACGUCGGGAUGCCGUCGGAUUGUUGGAGUGCUGGUGUUAUCCUCUUUAUAAUGCUUUCCGGAUUUCAUCCUUUUGACUACGAUGCAUCAUCCGAUUCCGACUGGCUGGAGGUUGUGCCUGAUUCCCAAGAACUCGACCUACUCGACCUACAACAGGAUACGCAGUGCUCUCAGUUUUCGCAAAGCUAUGCUAGGAAUGAAAACCGCGUCAAGCAGAGGAUUCUUUCCGGAGAAAUAGAAUUCAAGGACUCCAUUUGGCGGAAUCUGCCCCGUGCAAGAGACCUGGUUGGCCGACUACUGAUAAGAAGCCCUCUCAAUCGUGGAACCGUCUAUUCAUCAAUGCAAAGUGCUUGGAUUGCCGACGACCUCCCUGCUCUGGAAGCCGCCUAUUUUGACCGCGUUCUUGCUGGACCUUGA